CGCUGGCUGGACUGACGGUCCUCAGAAGCGCGGUGGCUGAAGGGGCAAGAAGCGCAGCGGCGUCGCCUGGGCAAGAGACAUGCAGGCUGCUGCGCCCUCUUUUCCAGAAUGUGAAACACAAGAAAAGGUCUGGAACAUUCUUCUUGCUAUAUCGGUUGGAUCAGUGUAACAGCAGUGGUGCUUCUAAGCUGUGGCUAACAGCACAAGUUCACUACUGGCUUUAAAAAUGGCCACCAAGCGCUUGCCAUUGCCCCUCAGAAGAAGACACAGGACUAUGAUAUUUCACUUUGGAUCAUCUUGAAGAACAUGUUAUUGGCCUGGCACAAUUCUCUGAUGCUGAGGUGCAAGGGCGGCAUGGCUCAGAAAGCGUGGGUCAGCAAGCUGUUUCAGAAUCGUAAAGCCCAGCUACUGUUGGUCAACUCACUGACUUUUGGCCUGGAAGUCUGUCUAGCUGCAGGUGUCACCUAUGUGCCACCACUCUUGUUGGAAGUUGGGGUGGAGGAGAAGUUCAUGACCAUGGUUCUGGGGAUUGGGCCUGUUCUAGGUCUACUGUUCGUCUCUCUCAUUGGCUCUGCCAGCGACCACUGGCGCAGUAGCUAUGGCCGCCGUCGGCCUUUCAUCUGGGUCCUGUGUUUGGGAGUUUUGCUGAGCCUUCUGAUCAUCCCUCAUGCUCGCCACCUGGCUAGCCUUAUUGCUUUGAACACCCGCUCCCUGGAGAUAGCCUUUCUUAUCAUGGGCGUUGGCCUGCUUGACUUCUGUGGCCAAGUCUGCUUCACUCCCCUGGAGGCUCUUCUCUCUGAUCUCUUCCAGGAGCCGGACAACUGUCGGCAGGCCUUCUCCAUGUAUUCUUUCAUGAUCAGCCUGGGCGGUUGCAUUGGAUACCUGCUGCCAGCAAUCAACUGGGACAGUAGCUUCCUGGCUCCUUACUUGGGGGGGCAGGAAGAAUGCCUGUUCAGCCUUCUCACCAUCAUCUUUCUCAGCUGUGUCCUGGCCACUGCCUUUGUGACCGAGGAAGUGGUAGCCCUGACUGAAGUGCUGACAAGCCCUGCUAUGAAGGAUUCUUCCGUGCCCCCUCUCCUUAGCUGCUGCUCGUGCUGGGUUCCAAAGAGCUUCUUGAGGAUCCAACAUGUGGUCCAGGCAUUUCGGAAUCUCUGCGCCUUGGCUCCACGCCUGCACGGAUUGUGCUGCCAUAUCCCCAAGGUGAUCCGGCAGCUUUUUGUGGCUGAGCUGUGCAGUUGGAUGGCCCUCAUGACAUUCAUGCUGUUCUACACGGACUUUGUUGGGGAAGGGCUGUACCAGGGAGUUCCCAGAGCUGAGCCAGGCACAGAAGCCAGACGAAACUAUGAUGAAGGUAUUCGGAUGGGUAGUUUGGGCCUCUUUCUCCAGUGUGUCAUCUCCAUCUUCUUCUCAACAAUCAUGGACCGGAUGGUGAAGCAGUUUGGGACGCGAAUGGUCUACCUCGCCAGUGUGGCCUUUUUCCCACUGACUGCCUUCAUCAUGUGCUUUUCACAGAGUGUCGUCAUUGUCACUGUUUCUGCUGCUCUGACAGGUUUCCCCUACUCAGUGCUACAGAUCCUACCUUAUACACUGGCAUCCCUUUAUCAUCAUGAAAAACAGAUAUUUUUACCUAAAUAUAAAAGUAAAGAAGAUACAGCUCAACUGGACAUGAAGCCUGGCUUCCUCAAAAGUCACCUUUCUGGCUCAAAACUGACCUACCAGAAUGGACACGGUGGGAGCCUCUUCUCUCCUGUGGCAGGCUCUGCCCUUUGUGUUAGCUCACCUUGCGAAGUCUCGCUCAGGACGAUGGUGGGAGAAUCAGAAGCAGCAGCUACCAGCCGAGGCAUCUGUUCCGACCUGGCCAUCUUGGACAGUGCCUUCCUCCUCUCUCAGGUCAUCCCAUCCCUCCUCAUGGGCUCAGUUGUUCAGUUCACACAGUCGGUCACUGCUUAUAUGGCAUCUGCUGCUGGCUUUGGGCUAGUGGCCAUUUACUUUGCAACCAAAGUUGUAUUUGACAAGAGUGACAUGGCCAAGUAUUCAGUGUAGGAAGGGAAAGGGAAAGAGACUGUGGGAAAAGAAUCAUGCACAGUAUAAUGGAUAAUGUAGAAGAUAAAUGUAGAAGAGUCAACAAGGCACAUACCGCUUUCUUUCUCUCUUCCCGGUUGUGUUGCAAUGAGACACAUGCAAAAACUCUGAUGGAAAAAAGAAUGCUGGGCAGAUCUCAGGGUGUGGACUGAAAGGGAGCCUGAUACUGUGUCCUCUGUUUCUCUCUGAUGCCUACAUCAAAGUGCCUCUGCUCAAAUAACCUACCAAAGAGGUUUGCAAGAAAAAGGGCCUGUCUUUUGGCAAUGGGCUAUUCCUGUGUUAGCUUUGUCCAGGAGUGUGGGAGAAAAAGUGACACUCUGCAGAAGGCACAAAGGAUGGGUCAGAGUAGUUACUCUCCCUCAUUACUGGCCUUUCCAUCUUACUGUUGGUCUGUCUUCAUUUUGGGUCCGAGCUGCAACCCACGCAUCACACCUUUUUCUGUCUUCACGUAAACUAGAAAAUACAUGGGAAGGGGGCUCUCGCCGAAGGAAUGAGCCAUGCCUUUUUAUCCAUUGCAAGAAGUAGUGCAGGUCAAGAACAAGGUGGUAUGAAUAAACUGGGUAGAGCUCUGCAGGUUGCUUGUUUAGCAGAGAGUGCUAAAUCUUGGUCCUCAUCUGAUAGGCUUUCCCUACACCAUGCCCUGAACAGAGCUUGCAGUUAGUGCAAACAGAGAGGCUUGUGUAAAUACAAGCUGUAGAACAUGCCCCUCUGGAGUCUUGGCUUUAAGUGACUAACUGGUACAAACAAAUGACAGAACCUUUCACUGUACGGGACUGAAAAGAAUCUUUAGUGAGCCAACAAACCUCCUUUCCUGCUAAGGAAGUGAUGUGGCCAGUUUGUCUGUACUAAAAGGAUCUAAAGAGGGGCGGGGGGGGAGGAACCCCCCGUAUUUCAGCAUACUGCAAGGGCCGCCUCCAAGCUGUGUUUUCCAGUGUGUGAUCCAGCAUUUCUGCCACCCAGAUAGAGCAGAGCUGCUCCCCCUGCCAGGCAAAUGUUGCAAAGCAUAUUGCUCUUUUUAAGUCUUUUUGCUACAAAGCAGUUUUUAAUGAGGCAUAUUAUAGCUAGCAGCUAUUCACUCGGCACCAUGUGGAGCAGCUAUUUCUAAGGCAGAGUGUAGAAACUGCACACCCAAUACGGAAAAAGUUCAUGGUGAUGUAGGAAUUGUAGGACUGGAUGGACACCAGCAAACUGAGUCCAGCCCUCUUUCCCCAAGGCAAGAAUCCUUUAUUUGACUCCACAAAUUAUAUUGUUCUCUGGUUGUAACAAUGCAUUCCUUCAUGCUUUGAGUCUUGGGGUCAUUACGUAGAUGAUUCCUUAGAGCUGGAGGACUGGGAAUGCCCAUUCAAUCCAGCCCCCUUUGCUAGUGUGAAAUAUACAGUGCCCUGCAAUCCUGACAGCCUAUCUUGGUGCUGUAAUAAAACACAGGCAACCCACAUAAAAGCCAAGGGAGAUCAUACUAUAGGGGAAAUACUGUUAUUCAGAGGGAAGUAUGUGAGCCAGAAUAGCAUGCUUGAGGGGAAAAUCCCAAGAUUCCUGUUAAAGGUUCUCAGUCAGUUGGAGCUACAAAGAACUCUCUUUCGGAGACCCUGGAGGAUUAUCACUAAAGCCUGCAAGGGAGGGGGGGCGGGAUGUUCAACUAGGCUUUCCCACUAGACAAUUUUGAUAGCUUUCAACCACAGGUUUUUAACACUAGUGCAAUCCACAGUCUCUGACUAUGUCCCCUGUUGAGGUUUCAGAGGGAGAAAAAUCCAGUUUCUGAUAUGGAAGGAGAAUAGUCUUCAUUCCUAGAAGCUACAACUAAACUCUUGGGUUAAAAUAUCUUACUAUAUCUUUCAACUCCUAGGAUAAGCCAGGGCUGCUUGUCUAAGAAUCAGAAGAAAGUAAUAGCAUUGGAAUGAAUACUUGGGUGCAGCUCUCAAAAGCCUUUAUAUAGCAGUCUCUCAGAAAUCAAUUGCACGCUUCUGUUGGUUCUCUUGGAAGUGCUGCCUUUAACAGGCCUAGACAUCAGUCAAGGUGUAAAUGGAACAACUCCACAAAUCUUUCCCACAAUUGUGAAUAAAUGUAACAUGUGAGUUUCCAACAGGCUUAAGGCACUUCCAACGCCAAACCCCCAGCCUGUUGCUGUGUCAUGGCUCCAUUCAAUUCCUGUAAGAGGUGUGAAACAAGUGCAGCUAGUUUCUUGCAGCUAGACAUGACAUCAUGGGUGGUGGCUGUAUUUUAUAUUUGGAGAGAUCCAAGCCAGUUGAAAGCCUGGGGCACUAACCUGCUCCUUCUCCAAUCAUUUCUCAGCUCCAUGUCGUAUUUAAAUGGAAUCAAGCACGGCUUGGCUAUGAAUUGCUGUAGCAUAGGAUUUUCUCCACACUUUCUCGUGUGCUGCUUUGGAAACUCUCUGCUACUGCUUAGAAGCACUGAAUGGGAGAGAUUUACUGAUAGUGACAUAUUCUUAUGAAAAAGAUUUUUUCUGCUGACCUCAGUCUCCUGUAAAUAAGUAGACAUGUAAAAAGGUGCUUGGUACUGUGCAUCUAGUCAUUCCUAUUUUAUUUUACUUCUUGUCAAGACUUCCUUUUAAAAGGGAAAGUUCUGAUUUUUUUAGGCCAUGGUUAGGACUCUUCUCCCCCCAACCCACCAAUCCCAGGCCAGUCAUCUGUUUGAGAGUUUGCGGAUAUUUGUAUGCAUCCCAUGGCUACAUAUGGAAAUCCACUGGUAUCUUUAAAAAAAUUUUUAAGCAUAAUGGUCACCCCUUCAUUCUUGCUUGGUACAAAGAGCCAAGUGGAUGCUUUUGGCAUUGCUCUGUAAGAUUAGAACUGAUCAGCUCCUCCUUCCUCCUGCAGUUCGCAGCAUCCUAACUUGUGGGCUUUGUGAGAAGCAAUAGAACACCCUCCCCUGCUUGUCUUGCAACAGCAAUGGAGCGCUCCCAGCACUUGUGUCUUACCCAUCCCACAACUGUUAUGUGACCCUUGACAGGGAUCCUGCUAUGCUACUUGAGAACCCAUGGCUGGCGCUCCUGGAGGUAUGUGUUACGAAGUAGCAGAAGUGCCGAUCAGUCUCAAGUCAUAGGGUUGUGCAAAACUCACUUUCUGUGGCUGCCACAUCCUUUCUCUUUGAAGGGAAACACUUUCUUCUGUCUGGCAAAUGAGAAUGACAGCAGUGUUUGAAACCCGCCAUACUUUUGGCAAUUAUGCAUUACAGGUGCGAUCCAAUUAUGCAAAUAUACAGGUUAGCUUGUAGAAAAGGUGAGAUGCUAAUGAUACUUGAAGAAACUGUCUGAAAGGCUUGGAUGCCGAGGCCAGGCAUAGCAGCUGAGCAGAAAGUGCAGAGCUCAUUAUUCCAAAGCUUCUCAUGCAGCCUGCAGCUGCAAAGACAAUCCCUUGAAAGCACCUGAACAAGCACUCCAGGCACAGUGAAGGGCGGGGGGGGCUUGGAAAUGUACAGCCAGUUCUAGGUUUGAGCCUCUGCCCUUCUCUGUUUCCUGUAAGGAAUGAAUUUGCAUUGGUUGUAUUGCUGGGAAAGAAUUAGCUGAAGCCUAAAUCUAACUGAGCCACUUCCAGUCUGAUUUUUGUUAAAUCUAAAUUGAAGUACGAAAAAGAAUGGCUAUUUCAGUUGCUCUUUGUAACUCUGCCCACUGUUCAAUGCCAGGUGUUCAUCAGAAGCCACAAGGACUCUUUCCCCAGCAGGCAACCUGCUCUGCACCCAUUUUUUUCUUGUACCACAAAUGAGCCAGUAGAGAUUCUGAUACUGGACAUAAUUGAUGGAUAUGGAGUCCAAUUAGCUCUGUUACAAUGGCUGCCAUGUAGGCUCUCUUCACUUUUAAUAAAAGUUUUAUUAGCUAGUGUCUUUCAUCCUCUUCUAUUCCAUCCGCCUUUUCCCACGCAGCUUUAUUUAAAGGGAAGUUACUGAACUUAGGGCCAGUGAUUGGAUGAUGCCUUUACUUCUCUGCGAGAGAUUAUUUUGAAUAAUUUGUUCUAAGGGAAAGAGAUCUCUGUGCGGUUUUUAUUCGUUAAAAGCAAAACACUGUCUACAGUUGUGUGUUUUUAUUUAUUUAGGGAAGUAAAUAUUUUGUACAUUUUAUUGUGCAAGGAAUAUUAAAAGUCUAUUAAGGAAUGA